UUCCCCCCCCCCCCCCCCCGCCCUCCGGGCCGGGCAGCGGGGCUGAGGGCAGCACGUGGCCGGGACGGGCGCCCUGGAGGCGGGAUCGAGCCUCCGCGGAGCUCCGCCGGUCCCGGAGCGGCUGGAGGCGCGGCGGGACGCGGAGCGAGCGGACGGAGCCGUUCGGGAGGUUUAUGACCGACAGUGAGACAGAAAAGUGACAUUUUAACCGGAACGAAGCGACGAGCCUCAACAGGAAAUGCGGUGUCUAUUGAAGAAGAAGAACAUUUUGGUGGCUGUGCUGCUGCUUAUCAUCGGGGGAAUUUAUCUCAUGAAGGGUCCGUUGGGCUCGUCCGAGCCGGCCGUCAGCGAGCUGAGCCGGCGGGCCGACCGGCUGGUCAGCCAGGAGUCGUGGGUGGAGCAGGGAGACUUCCUGCCCCUCAACGUGUCCUACCAGCUGCUGGCCGGGACGCCGGCCACCCGGCAGAAAUACCUGGCGAUCGGCCUCUCCUCCGUGAAGAGGAAGAAGGGCAGCUACCUCGCCUCCACCCUGCGCUCCAUCUUCUCCCAGUCGUCUGCGGAGGAGCGCGCCUCCAUGGUGGCGGUCGUGCUGCUCGCGGAUUUCGACGUCCGCUGGAGAGUCGAGACGGUGAAGGAACUAAAGACGGAGUUCCAGUCAGAGCUGGAAGAAGGCCAGCUGAUAGUCGUGCACGUUUCUGAGGAGUGGUACCCCGCAGUCACAGGUCUCAAGAGGAACUACAACGACCCGCCGGACCGCGUCACGUUCCGUUCCAAACAGAACCUGGAUUACUCCUUCCUGAUCCAUUACAGCUCCGGUCUGGGCCGCUACUACCUGCAGCUGGAGGACGACAUCUCCUGCGCCAAAAACUUCUUCACAACUAUCAAGAAACGCGUGGAAGAGCAGGAGGCCAAGAAGACCACCUGGGCCACGCUGGAGUUCUCCGCCCUCGGAUACAUCGGGAAGCUCUACAAGUCCGUCCACCUUCCCCUGCUGUCGCGCUUCCUGUUCCUCUUCUACCAGGAGAUGCCCUGCGACUGGCUGCUCACCCAUUUCCGAGAGGUGAUGACCCAGAGAGAGCAGCUCCUCUUCAAGCCCUCGCUCUUCCAGCACAUGGGGAUCUACUCCUCCUACCACGGGAACUACAACAAGCUCAAGGACAAAGACUUCGAGGAGGGCUUCUACGCCAAUCCUCCAGCCAGAGUCUUCUCCAACAUGUCCACCUACCAGGACCACGCGCCGCAGAACGCGUGGGACGCCGGGGAGAAGUUCUUCUGGGGCCGCUCUCCAGCGGGCGGAGACUACCUGACGGCCGUGCUGUCCCGGCCCGCCCUGCUCACCUGGGUCUCCGUGGAGACGGGAUCCGGGGGGAAGGACUUCCUGCAGUCGGCCCGGGUGGAGUUAGGGACGGGGGUGGUCAGCAGCGAGACAGAGCAGAGCUGUACGUCGUUCGAGCCACUGGGAGAAAUCAAGAACGGGAAAUUUGAAAUGCAGGAGGUGGACCGGCGGCACAGCUCCGCCUCUUCCUGCGUGAGGAUACUGGUCACAGCGGCGCAGAACGACUGGGUGAUCAUUCGCAAAAUCAGGAUCACGGAAAAACCCGGCACCCCUCCACACCCGGCAUAGCAGUCCCUUUACCCUGCCGGGGGGGAAAACCAGGUCCCGAUCAGCUGGAACUGAUGCAGGGGGCGGCCUUCUUUAGAAACACCACAAAGCUGCUGUUUGAGCAAAAUGAGCACUGAUCUGCCUGAAGGGCUGCGCCGUGGCAGCACGGUCAUCGGAGGCGGCCAUUUCUGACGGUUUUGGGGAGUUUGAUGUUUGACAGAGCUGAUCUCUAAUCCUGAAUCUGGCUCCAUGUGAUUGAUCUCAGCUGUAAAGCGACAGGAUCCUCGGCUUCCAGAGCAGGUGGGCCACCGAGGGCGUCUGGACGCUGCCCGGUGUGAAGUCCUGACUCCGCUCAGCGGACUGAACCGUCACCUGCACUGUAUUUAUUAUGUGUGUGUGUGUGUGAAUCAGAUGGACCCAGUCCGACGUGCUGCUGCUGCUGGAGUGUUUUUAUUGUUGUUUGGCUGAAUCUAACGCCUGGAGCUCGGUGCUGCCGUGGAUCUGCUGCUGCUGCAGCUCCUCCUCCGCCUCGGCGCCCGGACCCGGACCAGCGGCCUGACUCUCAGACGGAGAGCCCGGCUUCCCGCUCAGGACUCCGUCGUUCUCACAGACGCUCCUCUGGGACGGCGGGCCGUCACUGCUCUGAAAGAGCCGGAACAGAUCCGUUAGAGUCCAGUCGGUCUGAUUUGUGUCAUGGUGCUUUCACAGAGAGGGAAACGCUCAAGAAGCCAGAAGCUGAAGUUGUCACAGCAUGGAGCUCAUUUCAUGGCUCGUCCACUGUCGAAGAAAAGCUCCUUUACUACUUUUCUGUUGGUUUCAUUCUGCUCCUGAGAUCCAGGGCUUAAAGAUAAUUGUGGUUAAGUUAAGUUUUUUCUAUUUAUAGCAUUAAAAAGAUGUUAUAAAGUGUAAUCAAGAUGAAAUGUUUUUACAUGAGUAAGUGAUGUUGUGACAGUUUCUAUCGGGCUCUGGUGUGAAUGAGUCAACGUUGAGGAUUUUAGCAUUUAAACCUCAAUAAAAAGAUGUGCACAUU